AUGGUGUCCGAUACUAUCUACGAGCUGUGCCGCCCCGUCCUGGACAAUGACGACCUGGAGGAGGAGGCCAAGACGGACGCUCUGGAGGAGCUGCUGAGCAGCGAACCCACCUCGCUCAAGGGCAAGGCGCUGGAAGAUGCCGUGUUGGGAGUCCUGUGGCAGUGGAAGACUGCGACCGAGAACAAGACAUCCUCGCCGCCACCUGCGCGCAAUGUGCAUGUAGCCCGUUCGCGAUCGCCCGCGCCGUGGAUCCAGCGAGCUGCGACACCCACGGCUUCUGGCACCAACUCGCCCAGAAGCUCUGCUGCGACACCGUCCAUCCCUCCAGGCUUCGGCCCAACACCACCUGCGCUGGCAAGAACAAAGUCGCAAACCGUUGGCUCACCGUUCUCUUCACCCAAACCCUCCCCACGUCUGCCGCUUGCCACGCCAGUGAUACCCCACAGCCCCAGACUGAGCGCAUACCAGUUCAGCGACUCCUCACCUAAUACCGAAAACUAUGGCGACUACGGCAGCGAUACUGUCGACUGGCUCGUCAAUGACGACGCAAGCAGCAAUACCAGCUUUAGUGAUGCUGGUUUUGGUGCUUCCGACUUCAUAUCCCCCUACACCACCGAAAUGAGCCCUUACGACAUGCUGCGAUCGAUUCUGCAAGACAACAAAACCGACGAGGAGUUGGAGCAGAUACUUGAGGCGAACGGGUAUGACCUGAGUCAGACUGUCAACUCACUCAUGGAAGCUCAAGGCAUGGGCGCGAACCUUAUGGCUGCCACCAUUCAACAGCAACAGGAGCAGAAUCGAAAAUAUUUGGUGGGCAAGAACAUGUCGCCGUCCUCCCGACCAGCCACGCCAGCCGGGCAGCAGAAGACAGCCACCGUGUGUCGAUACUGGCUGGCCAGUGGACAUUGCGCUCGCGCUGAUUGUAGGUUCGCGCAUCAAGUUCAAAACCACGUCUGCAAGUACUGGCUGCAAGGGAACUGCAUUGCGGGCGAAUCGUGUCUCUUCUCCCACGACCCAGCACUGCUGAUGCAGCAGCUGAGCGUCGCAGCUAGCGGCUCCAACACUCCACAACAGCUAGGUCCAAACUUCCAGCUUCAGGACUACGACAGUUUUCCGGCUCUGCAGCCUACGACUAGUAAUCCAUACGACGACAGUCAGAGUGUCGAUCCUUCCACCCUCAACGCUGUGCUUCAGCAACAGCAGCAGCAAAGUGCCGUCCCGCCAGGACUCUUUCCAACCUUUGUUCCUACUGGACCACGCCAUGGCAGCCGACCAGGCUCUCGACCUGGCAGUAGACAUGCAUCGCGAGCUCCAACACCUAGCCAACAACCCAACUUCCAAGACGACGAAGCCUUCCCCACUCUCGGUUCUGCUGCUUCCAAACCUCUCGGCAAGAGACACCACGGCAAGCGAGGUGGACACGGUCACCACAAUCACGGACCUCCUGUUCAACAGCCAGGUAGUCUCGCUGAUGUAGUGCGCAUGUCACCAUCGCCCAGUCCCAAUGUCAGCAGAGAUGCAAUGCGUCGUGGAUUGAGAAACAACCGAUCCUUCACAUCAACUCGUGAGAACUCCGCCGCAGCAAUGGCAAUCGCCGCGCCAAAAGAGAUACCAUGGCUGGAGACCGGCGACAAAGUCAACAGCGCAUAUAUGAAAGCCCGCCAAGAAGCCUUUAAGCACGGCGGCCUUCGCAACAAGUUCCUCCAAAGCGCCGCCCAAGCCUGGAACCGCAACGACGCCCGAGGCGCCAAAGCCCUGUCAUUACGCGGGCAGAACGAAAAUGCCCUCAUGCGCGAGAAACACCGCGAAGCCGCCCGCGCCCUCUACGACGAACGCAACAAAUCCCUCUCCUCCGGCAGCGGCAGCAAGGAACUCUACGUCGACCUCCACGGCCUCCACCCCGAAGAAGCCGUCCAAUACCUCAGCGACUGCCUCAAAGAGCAGAAAUCCUCCUCCCGCCCCGUCUACGCCAUCUGCGGAACCGGUCACCACAGCAAGAACGGCAAAGACAAAGUCGGCAAAGCAAUCCGACAGUUUCUGAACGAGUGGCGAUACGCCUUCAGAGAGUUCAGCGUCCCCGGCGAUCGAAAUAACGUCGGUGGGAUUCUGGGGAUCGAUCCUACGAGUUUCGAGAGGGAGGCGGGAAAGAGGGGUGGCGUUGGUGUUGGGGAUAGUGAUAGUGGGGUGGGACUUGAUGAGCAAGGGAGGAAUGUGAAGGAAGAUACCAAGGUGCAGGUUGUUAGGGAGGAUCCGAGGAAGGUGGGUGCUUCUUCGAAGGGGAAGGUUGAGGUGGAUGGGAAUGAUGGGGAUGGAAGCUAG